GGGGGGGCUGUUGACACCUCGGAGUCCGGCUGGGGUAUAAAGAGGGCUCCACUCGGACCUGCAGCAUUCACUCUCCUGCUGCACUCGGAGCAUCAACCUCGAACAGGAUCCUCCAUUUCUUUUUUCAACCUUUUCCAACAACAGACAACAUGCAAGUGCCGAACAGACCAAUGGGAACUUAUGGAUACUCUGUGCGUAAUUACGCACCAGCACCGCUCUACCAGCAGUAUCAGGGCAGCCAGUGCGCGUCCUCACCGAAACCUCAAAGUGGGAAAUCUUUCACUAUCGAUGCUCUGCUCGCAAAGCCGGAGGAGACACAGAGCUGCCGGGGGAGGAGUCCCACUCACUGCGGGGAGAAAUACCAUCAUCCAGCAGCUCCAGUCCUGUCUCUGCCUGGGCACGUGAGCUUACAGAUACCAACAGCACCUUACGUCUACUCGCCGAGCAUGUUGCACUCAGCAAUGCACACACAGCCUGGAUACUCAGUCUACUGCUGCCCACCCUUCACUUACCAGACGUCGUGUCGUGGAGGAUUUUACGCACAAGCUUCCAUGUCCAAAGUCAACGCAGGGUUGCACUCCUUCAAAACGAAAGGUGGGAAGUCGAAACGCAUGCGCACCAGCUUCACCAGCGAGCAGCUCUCCCGGCUGGAGAAGGAGUUCGCCCGGCAGCAGUACAUGGUCGGGUCUGAGAGGUUCCUCCUGGCCUCCGCGCUGCAGCUCACAGAAGCUCAGGUCAAAGUCUGGUUCCAGAACAGACGCAUCAAGUGGCGCAAACAGAGUCUGGAGCAGCAGCAGGCCAAGCUCGCCAAACUGGGUCUGGCUGCUCCCCCAAAGAGUCCCGGAUCUCAAGGCCACGGGGAUGAAGGGGACGAGGAUGAGGAGUUCUCUGACCUGGAUGUGGACAUUGAUGUGUCUGAUGACUCUACUGAUCACUGCUGACUGAAGAUCUGAGGACUUAUGGAAAGACUUUGUGUACAUACUGCUGAGAAAGGAGGCCACUGUCUCCCACUAUGAAUAUUUAAUAGAUGUAUAGUUAUAUAUUUAAGUUCCUACAGUUAUCGCUCUUUGAUGAGUCACU